AUACAAUAGCAGAUAAUAUUCUUGUUGGAAGCUAUUGUGCUUUCUCAAACUGGGGAGGCUUGGUACAUCCUCAUGCAUCUAUUGAAGAGAUGGAAGAGCUUGCAGGUCUCCUUGCUAUUCCUGUGACGGCAGGAACUGUGAACCGCGGUAGUGAAGUGAUAGCUGCUGGAAUGAUUGUCAACGACUGGGCAGCAUUUUGUGGCUCAGACACUACAGCGACAGAAGUGGCUGUUAUCGAGAACAUUUUCAAGUUGAGGGGGGCUCAACCCAGUGUUAAUGAGAUCAGGAAAUCUGUUAUCGACAUGUACGUUUGAGUUAUUUUGUAUACCUACCGAGUUUUGUGUGUUAAACAUUGAUUAUGCACAGACUCUAUCGUUAAUCU